CAAUAUCGAUAAUUACCUUUCGUAAUUAUCUACUCAAUAACGCGGCACAUCGUUCGCGGCACAUUGUAAUGCGGCACACCUGCUCCUCAUCAAGUGAGUGCGGCACGCCUGUAUACAGCACCUGGCGAACAUUGCACCUGCGUUGUCGACGUUGUUUGU